AUGCGACGCUCCGCCUGCAUAUUGGUGGCACCGUGGGUGCCACCGCCACGUCACGACGUCAAGGUCACCAUGCCGCCACCACCCGGGGGCGAGGUUGGCGGCUCAUACGGCGUGUCCAUAGGGUACAGCGACCGUCUCGCCCGGACGCCGUAUUGGAAGCGCAUGGCGCUGUCCACCUACGCGCUACGCAUGAAGGAGAAUGAGACUCGCUACCCAAUGAGCCCGCACCGUGGGGGAGAGUAUGACCUGCGCUACACCGUCACUCCCUAUCCCGAUCACAUCAAGCACCGCCCACUGCUCGAGAUUGGGGAGGCCCACGAGAUUCCGACCAUAAUGAUUCCGCUUAUUUUUUUAGUCAACCUCUGGGACGAGGAGCGGCUUGCUUGGUUUGGACGGCAGUACGAGACCGUGUACGUGGACCGCAACUUUGCGCGUGAGGAGCUGCUGCCGCAACGGUACGCCAUCUACGCGACGAAGGAAGCAUACAAACUGCUGGGGCUGCCAGUGGUGAACCACAGCAUCCAUGAAGAGAUCCCCAAGACCCCGCACGCUUACAAGAAGUUGUUGGAGAAGCAGAGCUACACGGAGGAGCGGUGGAAGUACACUAUCGAAUAUCUUUUUCGUAAGUACGAGGCCGGUCCUCCAGAGCUGCAGGACAAGUCCGAGGAGGGCUGGGACGGUGUUGAGGUGCUCGCGACGUCGGCCAUGACAAGCAGUACCAGCGACGGUUCGGCGAAGCGCAAGGGACCCGUCAAGCAGCGCAAGGCUCGCAAGAUCAAGCUCUUCUGA